AUGGCGGAAAUAAUAUGUGACGGCGUGUCAGCUCCUUUACCUGGAAGAUGUGCGUUUUAUGUUGUGAAAAAGAAACGUUACUGCAAAAUGAUCGUUGGGAAUGGAAAAACAUUUUGUGGUGAACAUGCAAAUGCUGACCACGACAGCGAAAGACGAAGGAUACCAUGCCCUCUGGAUCCAAAACACACAGUAUUUGAAGAUAGCUUGGCCAAGCACAUGAAAAAAUGCAAUUCAAAGGACAAGCCCAAACCUAUUUAUUAUAUAAAAGACAUCAAUGCUGGGCCCAUAGAAGAAGAGGAAAACUUUCAAAAUGAGGUGUCCAUCGCUGAUCGAACUAAAGAGGAGUUGGAUGGUCUUAUUGCGAAAAUGAGGACUGCUUUUCAGGGAUUAAAUGCCAAACUUCACAGUGACAUUCUUUCUCACCCGGCUCUACACGAAGCUCUUAACGAUCCAAAGAAUGGCAACUUUGCUUUUAAACACCUCAGGCAACAGGCAUCAAUUCUGGGACACAUGGAGGCUCUCAAGCUGCUUGGCCCUGACAAUUGUUACAUAGAGUUUGGUGCUGGCAAAGGGAAACUUUCCCACUGGAUACAUGUUGCCCUUCAGAAAGCUGAGAAUGUUCAUUUUCUGCUAGUGGAAAGGUCCAGCACUCGGUUUAAGGUAGAUGGAAAACACAAAAACACAGAUUCGACAUUUGACAGGCUUCAAGUUGACAUUCAGCAUCUUGAUUUAAGGAGAGUGCCGUUUGUGAGAGAAAAGGGACCUCCUGUCAUCGCAGUAGGCAAGCAUCUAUGUGGUGCAGCAACUGACUUGGCCCUAAGGUGUUUAUUUGAGACCAACAUUAAAAACCAAGAUGAACAGCCACCCCCCAAGCGUAUAAAGCUGAGUCAGGGGACAGAGGACAACACAUCGUCCCCUCCUCUCUCUAGAGAGGCUGGAGAACAGGGAGAACUUGUGGUAUCGGGGCUUUCCAUCGCCCUCUGCUGCCACCAUCGCUGUGACUGGAGACAUUAUGUGGGCAAGGACUUCUUCAGGGAACGAGGCCUUGGACCUCAGGAAUUUUUUGCCUUCCAGCGUAUGUCGAGCUGGGCUACCUGUGGCAUGAGCAGGGUCGCUCGCACGCCGAAGAAUUCGCAAGGUAACGCAAAUGCAACAGAUGAACAAGAAGAAGUAGAACAUGAAGAUAGUUGUGAAACCAUACCAGAAAACUUCAACAGCACCGUUUCAGCAGAGGAGAGGGAACACAUAGGACGGCUGUGCAAGACGCUCAUUGACCACGGCAGGCUGCAUUACCUUCAGCAAAAAGGCUUCAAGCCCAGCCUUAGAUACUACACCAGCAGAGAUGUGUCCUUGGAGAACGUGCUUCUGACUGCUGUUCCUAUUUUAAAGUCCUGAUAUUGUACCCUGCAUGUUUUGGAAACAAACAGGGAAUUGCAUGCAUACAGAUAAGAACAUUUAUUAAAUGACAGUUUGUAUUCAG